UCUACGGCCUCCACAGGAGCUAGUAGCACUACCAGCAAUCUCCACAAUGCUGGCACCUUUGCUGCUCGUCGCUAUAACCUUCAUGUACCUCCUCAAGAGGUUAAGCCCAAAGAGCAAGAUCUUUAGUGGCACAUCCUCAUCGGCGACGGUGCCGCUCCCGCUCCCGCCGGGGCCGUCACCGUGGCCAGUGGUGGGCAACCUGCCCGAGAUGAUGCUCAACAGGCCGGCGUUCCAGUGGAUCCAUCUCGUGAUGGAGGAGAUGGGUACGGGCAUCGCCUGCUUCCGCCUCGGUGGUGUCCACGUCGUCCCGAUCACCUGCCCCAAGAUCGCGAGGGAGGUGCUCAAGAAGCAGGACGCAAACUUCGUGUCCCGCCCGCUCAGCUUCGCCUCCCGGACCGUCAGUGGCGGGUACAGGGACGCCGUGCUCUCGCCUUUCGGCGACCAGUGGAAGAAGAUGCGACGGGUGCUCACAUCCGAGAUCGCCUGCCCUUCCCGCCACGAGUGGCUCCACGACAAGCGCGUCGACGAGGCCGACAACUUCAUGCGGUACGUCUACAACCUCACGGCCUCCUCCGGCAUGACGGAGUCGUCGGCGGCGGCGGCAGGCGCCAACGUCGAUGUCAGGCACGUCGCGCGGCAUUACUGCGGCAACGUCAUCCGCCGGCUUGUUUUCGGGAUGCGACACUUCGAGGAGGCCCAGCCCGACGGCGGGCCGGGGCCGCUCGAGGUGGAGCACGUGGACGCGGCCUUCACCUCCCUGGGGCUCCUCUUUUCGUUCUCCGUCCGUGACAACCUCCCAUGGCUGUUAGGCCUUGACCUCGACGGCGACGAGAAGAUGGUCACGGAGGCCAACGCGACGAUGAAUAGACUGCACGACGCGGUCAUCGAAAAGCGGCGUAGGCAGCACUGGAAGGACGGCGAGAGGCAGGAGGAGCUCGAAGACUUCCUCGACAUUCUCAUCUCGCUCAAAGACGGCGAUGGCAACCCGUUGCUCAGCAUCCAGGAAAUUAAAGCGCUGUGCAUGGACAUGACAUUAGCGGCGAUAGACAACCCGUCCAACACCGUGGAGUGGGCAUUGGGGGACAUGGUGAAUAGCCCAGAUUUGCUAGACAAGGCUAUGGAAGAGAUAAACCGGGUGGUUGGUCAGGAGAGACUGGUGCAGGAGUCAGACUUCCCACAACUCAACUACGUCAAGGCGUGUAUACGAGAAGCAUUUUGGUUGCACCCUGUCGCGCCCUUCAAUGUACCACAUGUCGCGGUCGCCGAUGCCAUUGUCUUCGGCUACCACGUGCCAAAGGGCAGCCACAUUCUUCUAAGUCGGGUUGGCUUAGGACGGAACUCGUCUGUUUGGGAUGAGCCGCUUGACUUCAAGCCAGAGCGCCAUAUAGAAGACAAUAUUGAUGUGGUGCUCACAGAGAGCGAGUUGCGAUUUAUCUCCUUUAGCACUGGUCGUCGCGGCUGCAUUGCGGCGUCUCUAGGGACGGCCAUGACUGUCAUGCUGUUUAGCAGGCUCUUGCAAGGCUUCACAUGGACCAAGCCAGCAGGAGUGGAGGUCCUCCAUCUCGUAGAGUCCAAGCAAGACCUCUUGAUGGCAAAGCCACUGGUGCUACAUGCAGAACCACGCCUACCGAUGCACCUCUACCGCAUGGUUAAGUAAGAGAGUGUCUAUUUUCUAAGGUUGCUCGUAGUGAAUAAUGUCAUAAGUUAGUAUCAUGCAUAUGAUACUAGUGUAUGAUACUACAUUCGUAAUGCAAAGGAUCAUUAAUGACCUUAUUUAUUUUUAUGCAA